CUACUUCUCAGAGAGGUGGUACUACGAUCACACGACCAAUGGGCGAUGACUCGGGGCGUAUACUGUCGGAGUCUAAGUCAAUGUCAAUUUCUUUCCAUCUGAUUCUGUUCUGCCUACUAAAACCAUUGUUCUUUCAGUGAAACCUUCACAUUUCCCCCUUCUCCAUAGUUAGCAUUUCCUCUGUACCUCUUCUUCUUCUUCUUCCUCUUCUCCUCCUUUGCAAUUACCAGAUCUUUGAUAUCCUCCUUUUUCUGUUUCAGCUAAGAGGAAUCAAUCAUGUGAGACGUCUCCUCCGAUAUGGCAGGUCCAAUGCAGUCAGCGCCACCAAACUUACCGGUUGGGUGGAGAUUCCACCCAACCGAUUUUGAACUGCUUGACCCUUAUUUGAAGAACAAGAGGCUUGGUCAUCUUGCCCACUGCUUCUACAUCGGAGAGUUUGAGCUAUGCAAUUUUAAUCCUUCAGACCUCUUACCUGAAUCGUCCGAUGAAGAGUGCUAUUUCUUCUGUCGACCUGAGCAUUACUUAGAAAAUGGACGGCGCAAAACGAAAAGGAAAGCGAGGACUGGAUUCUGGAAAGGCACAGGCAAGACUAUCUCAGUCACAAAUAAAGAUGAUAAUGAGGAGAUUGGAACAAGAAAAAUACUCGUUUACCAUGAUCCUAAUCGGACUAAAUGGGUCAUACACGAGUAUGCUUUCACUGCAAAACUCAACUUGCCCUUUAAGGGAGACUUCGUUCUUUGUAAAUUACAUGUAAACAAGAAGCAAACAGGCAAUAAGAAGUCGACGAAGAUUCAACCAAGUUCGAAGAAUAAAAAGGCAAAUCAAAAGUUAAAGGAUAUAAAGCUAGGUUGCAAGAAAGGUAAACCAAGUAAGAAGGCAAGAAUGGAUUUAUCCGAUUGCAAUGCAGCUUCAGCUUCUACUUUUGAAAAUCAAAAUUUAAUGACUAGUUCAGCCUAUGGUGAAGGUGAACCACACAAUCAUAUGACCUCUGAUUGUGAAAAUCAGAAUCCAAAUAAGAUGGUUGCAAUUCCAACCCAUGAGGUAGGUGAUUUUGGCUAUCAAAAGGAUUCUAAUUUCUCAUAUGGAAACCCAUAUGAUAUGUCUGCUUUCUCAACCUACAACAAAGGUCAAGAAUCUUUAUCAAUGACUCAAACUCCAUAUGGCAUACAUAAUGUUUCAACCUGUAACAAAGUUGAAACAAGUUGUCUAUUAGCUUCUCAUUUGGAAUAUCAAAAUCCAAAUGAGAUUAGUAUUAUUUCAUCAAACGAGAAGUGUACACCAGUUUGCCAAUGGGCUUCUGGUGUUGAAGAUCAACAUCCAUAUGAGAUAACUACUGUUUCAGCAGAUAACAAAGAUGAAACGAGUAGUCUUAUGGAUUUUCAAUUUGAAACUCAAAACCCAUUAAAGAUGAAUUUUAAAUCAUCUUAUGAUAAUGGUAUACCAACUAACCCUGGUAUUUUGGAUUUUGGAAGUCAAAAUCCCAGCAUGAAUUCCAAUAUAUCAGUCUCUGAAGAAGGUGAAAGGAAUCACCUCAUAGGAGUACCUUCUUAUUUUGAAAAUCAAAAUCAAUAUGAGAAUACUGAUAAUUCAAUUCCCGGAAAUUAUUGGAGUACCUGCAUUGCUUCUUAUAUUCAAGAUACUACCUUUCAAGAUGUGGAAUUUCAACAUAACACCCAAGACAUGUCAAUCUUUGAAGGACAUAUGAUCAAUCACUCGCUGGAUAGUCUGUUAGGAGAAUAUUCAUUUUCCGAGAAUGAGAUAUUUACACGUGAUGAACAAGAAGACACUGGUUGCUCUGCACUGCAACAGCCUAUUCACAACAAAGAGAACCCUUGUCACAGUGGCUUCGGUACCUCUGUGUCUACUUCCACGUGAAACGUUCCUAUUCAGUUCAUUAUUGGGAACUAGAGAACAUUAAUAUUACAACUGGAGUCUCAGUAUGUUAUGUAGACAGGUAAAGAGGGUAGACUAUAUUCCUCUGCUGCAUCAAAUGCGUCGUAAAGAAAAUAAGACAACUAUUGAAGGAACCAAAUAGCUCUAGUUGUGUUUGGUUCCCUGUAUUAAACUAUCAAUGGUUGAUAGACAUUACCAUUGAUUGGCCCAAUGAUACACGUGCCAAGUUAGAGUUGGUUUAGCUCCAUCUUCAAGCUUAUAUCCUUUAUAUAUAGGCUUUCUACUAAAAUUCUGCAGAUGUAUGAUUACAAAGAUGCCUCUCUUAUAGAAAGAGAGGCAACUCUUGUCCCAGAGUUAUGACGACUACUGUUGUGUUCUGAUGUGAAUUGUAUCAAGAACUAGCAGCUCGUAUUUUCUCGAUAUGUACCUCUGAAUCUAAAUCAUUAUGUGAUAGAUCAAGCAGCCCUUUUCUUAUGCAUGCUGGAGCAAAUUAUUGAAUUGCUAAUGCUUGCAUGUGGGUCCCAGGAUUCUUGUGAUCAUGUUUAGAUGGCUAAGAAUGAUUUACUUCCUCGUGAAUCUAGUCUAUCCAAUCUGUGAUAGCAUCAGGUAUGUAAAUUUUCUUUUUCCA